UAACGUGGCACGCUAGCGGUGUCGCCCCGAUCCUCUUUUUCGUGCAAACCGGGUUUGUCGUGCGACGUGUAAUAGCGUAUCGUCAACAUGCAUCGCGUGAUCGUUUUCUUCGUGCUGGCGGUGGUCGCGAAUUUGGGCGGAUGCGGCGAAGAGGAGAAACUGAAAAUCGACACCCUGUUCAAGCCGGAGGUGUGCGAAAUCAAAUCGAAAAACGGUGACAUGCUCACGAUGCACUAUACCGGCACUUUGGCGGACGGUACCAAGUUCGACUCGAGUCUGGAUCGCGAUCAGCCGUUCACGUUCCAGCUGGGUGUGGGACAGGUGAUCAAAGGAUGGGACCAGGGUCUGACCGACAUGUGCGUCGGUGAGAAACGGAAGCUUAUCAUCCCUGCGUCGCUGGGGUACGGCGAGAAGGGCGCGGGGAACGUGAUUCCGGGUGGUGCGACCCUGACGUUCGAGGUGGAGCUGAUCAACAUCGGCGACUCCGCCCCCACGACCAACGUGUUCAAAGAGAUCGACGCCGACAAGGAUAAUCAGCUGAGCCGUGAAGAAGUAAGGGGUUAUGUGAGCGACUAUUUGAAGAAGCAAAUGGUGGCGGCGGAAGGCGAUACUCCUAGCGAAGAAAUGAAAAAUAUGCUCGCGGAUCACGACAAACUGGUGGAGGAGAUUUUCCAGCACGAAGACAAGGACAAGAAUGGGUACAUUUCGCACGCGGAGUUUUCCGGGCCCAAACACGACGAGCUCUAAUACUAGCCGGGUGAUAUUCUUUAGUCCGCGGAACAAACAAAAAAAAAAGACGUACGUUAGGGCGGAAUUGGGGGGGGGGGAUAUUUUUUUUUAUUUUGAAGGUCAGUUUUGUUAAUUUUCUACUCUUUUUGGCAUUCCAUCGGGUAUACGUGAACGAGUACUUAUUUAUUUUGUUUUAUAGAGAUUUUAUAUCGUUUAUAUAUUUUUAAUGUUGUAUAAGAGGACUUCGUUGCAUGAAAUAAAUACGUUGUAAUA